GCAUUCAUUUGUUGGAUUGCAAUCCUGUUUGCAAAACCAGUUGUACGAAUAGGGAAAAAUGAAUCAAGUAAUUGCUCAGAAGGCUACUUGCGGCUACAUGACAGCUGUGUACCCUUUAGAUUUAUUUUCAGUCUAGCUGAUUUGAGUCAUUGCCCAAAAAAGGAGUGUUGUCAAGUGAAUUGUCUUUUAUGCAGAUGAUGACAGCCUUUCUAAAUAUUGCCUUGCUGAUAUAAGGGAUGUGUUUGGAAUUAUUGGCCUAUGAAUUAAACUAGUCCUAAUCCAAACGAUUUAAAAAGUUCUCGCUUAGGUUAUAUAUUGAUUACAUUUCACAAAAAGCACAAAAGAACUAUAUUUUUUCUAGCAUAUAUUUAGACAUCAAAUGGACAAGUUUUAGCAUGAAUUACUCAGAAUACAUCAUUUUUUUCUAAGUUUGAAGUUUUAAUUUCAUUCUUAAUAUCAAUUUGGAGUAUGGUAAUAGUUUCUCCUUGGAUUUGAUUAUGCAAUAAUACAUACAAACUAAAUCCAGUUUACCAGGAAAAAAAUGUAUGUUGAGUAAUGAAUGCAAGUGGUCAUUAUGAUUAUCCCAUCAAACAGGGUAGUGAGGAAAUUAUUAGGUUUUAUAAUGGGGACAGAGAAGGACAAUCAGAACCUUGAGGGGGAAAGUAGUCUAUUCUGUCUUGUAAUAUUAAGUUAAUGUGAGUUUCCGGUCCGUGUAGAAAUACAGGCUUAGACCAUUCUCUUAAGUUAAUGACAAAAAAAUUCAAAGCCUCGAGCAAUGAAAACAACAGAUGCAAACUCAGGUUUGUUUUGACCCCUCAGUUUUGUUUCACCCUGGGCUGAAACAGAUGCUGCAAAUAGGAAUUAAGAUCAGGGAAGCCAGAAAUCAGAAGAGUGUGGGUAGGAGAAAAAUCAUUAUAACUUCUCCUCAUAAGACAGAGCUGGACAGAAAAAUCACCUGGAGAAACUGGGAGCCUUUGUUGACACUUUGCUGCAGUUUUUCCCAUGUUAAUUCCUUUGUACCAAUACCCUUCAGGGCCCUGCAGGGUCCCUCCACAGCAUACAUUCUGAGAGUUUGUUUGAGGCAUAUAAAUAUAAUAGAAGUCAUAGUUUGAAAUUAAGUUGGAGCAUGAAGAUUGGGGUGUGAUUGCUAAGAAAAAAAGCACAUAUUAAGUUCCUGAAGUGAAAUAAUCACAGGCUUGUGAUUAUUCACUCAGAAACUAUUUACUGAGCCCCUACUAUCUGGGCUAGGCAAUGGGAUACCACAGUGAGCCCUGCAAAUAGAAGCCCUGUGCUACCAGAGCUUACUGCUUACUGUGUGGAGAAAUGCGAUAAACGGCGUAAGUAUAUAGUACAUUAAACGGAGACAGAUUCUGUAGGAAAAAUAAAACCAGAGCAAUUCUUCAAAAUUAAAUUCCCAAAGGAUAACAUUUUCUAACUCUAUCAAAGCUAGCAAAGAAAGGAGAUUGAUAUUUAUAAAACGUAACGCAUACCACAUCAGAAAUUCUUUCAUGUUUCCAUUAACCCUGUUGAUAUGCUAAAUAUAUUCACUAUCUCUACAACCAUUAGAGAACAAAUUAAAGAUGAAGUAGCUUGGGAAAGGGAGCAGCUUUUUAACACUGAAGUGAAAUGAAAAAUAUGCCCUAAUGUUGACAGUUCAUGAUCAGGAAGACAGUGAGCACCUGCAAUAGGGAGGCUGGAAGUUAUUUUUAUAAAGAAUGUCUUUAAUUGCUUCCAGUUCUAUUUAUCUCCAGUUGGACAACCAAGUAGAAGUCAUUUGAAGAGAUGUUUUGUAGUUAUAUGGAUGCAGGUUUGCAUAUGUGGGUGUUUUCGAACAUAUAAACUUCAUAUUUUAAUGAAUUCAGUCAUCUUCAUAAAAACCUAAAUUUUCCCAAUUUUAAAUGGAAAUAUUCUGGAAGUAAGGUAUUAAAUGAGUUCUUUUAUGUGGGAGAUGGACUGAGACUGCAUUGAGUUAUUUAUUUUAAGUAACUUUUAAAAUUUUACCAAGUGCAGGUCUUUAAGUCCAACAUUGGCCCGAGUCUUCGGCAAAAACAGCCUAACAAACUCAUUGAUAUUUUUUCCUCUCCCUAGGGCUCCAGUUUUGUGUUUUCAGUUGCCUACUAGACCUCACUACCUGGAUGGCCCACAGGUACUGCAAACUCAGCGUUUUAAUUAACACACUCACUAGCCUCCUUCAUCAUUGACCCUGUGGCCAAAGCUAGGGAACUUUUCAAAUUGAGACUAAUUGCAGAGGUUCCAGUUGACCAGCAUUCAUAGGAAUGAAGACAAACACAGAGAUGGUGUGUCUAAGAAACUUCAAAAGGUGUAGACCUCCUGACUGAAGCAUAUUGAUUUAUUUAAUUUUUUUCAUUAUAUUUCUGUCCUCCUACAAGGGAAAGUCAUGAUUACACUAACUGAGCUAAAAUGCUUAGCAGAUGCCCAGUCAUCUUAUCACAUCUUAAAACCAUGGUGGGACGUCUUCUGGUAUUACAUCACACUGAUCAUGCUGCUGGUGGCCGUGCUGGCCGGAGCUCUCCAGCUGACGCAGAGCAGGGUUCUGUGCUGUCUUCCGUGCAAAGUGGAAUUUGACAAUCACUGUGCCGUGCCUUGGGACAUCCUGAAAGCCAGCAUGAACACAUCCUCUAAUCCUGGGACACCGCUUCCACUCCCCCUCCGAAUCCAGAAUGACCUCCACCGACAGCAGUACUCCUAUAUCGAUGCCGUCUGUUACGAGAAACAGCUCCAUUGGUUUGCAAAGUUUUUCCCCUACCUGGUGCUCUUGCACACGCUCAUCUUUGCAGCCUGUAGCAACUUUUGGCUUCACUACCCCAGUACCAGUUCCAGGCUCGAGCAUUUUGUGGCCAUCCUUCACAAAUGCUUCGAUUCUCCAUGGACCACCCGCGCCCUGUCAGAAACAGUGGCCGAGCAGUCAGUGAGGCCUCUGAAACUCUCCAAGUCCAAGAUUUUGCUUUCGUCCUCAGGGUGUUCAGCUGACAUAGAUUCUAGCAAACAGUCAUUGCCCUACCCGCAGCCAGGUUUGGAGUCAGCUGGCAUAGAAAGCCCAACUUCCAGUGUCCUGGACAAGAAGGAGGGUGAACAGGCCAAAGCCAUCUUUGAAAAAGUGAGAAGAUUCCGCAUGCACGUGGAGCAGAAGGACAUCAUUUAUAGAGUAUAUCUGAAACAGAUAAUAGUCAAAGUCAUUUUGUUUGUGCUCAUCAUAACUUAUGUUCCAUAUUUUUUAACCUACAUCACUCUUGAAAUCGACUGUUCAGUUGAUGUGCAGGCUUUUACAGGAUACAAGCGCUACCAGUGUGUCUAUUCCUUGGCAGAAAUCUUUAAGGUCCUGGCUUCAUUUUAUGUCAUUUUGGUUAUACUUUACGGUCUGACCUCUUCCUACAGCCUGUGGUGGAUGCUGAGGAGUUCCCUGAAGCAAUAUUCCUUUGAGGCGUUAAGAGAAAAAAGCAACUACAGUGACAUUCCUGAUGUCAAGAAUGACUUUGCCUUCAUCCUUCAUCUGGCUGAUCAGUAUGAUCCUCUUUAUUCCAAACGCUUCUCCAUAUUCCUGUCAGAGGUCAGUGAGAACAAACUGAAACAGAUCAACCUCAAUAAUGAAUGGACAGUUGAGAAACUGAAAAGUAAGCUUGUGAAAAAUGCCCAGGACAAGAUAGAGCUGCAUCUUUUUAUGCUCAAUGGUCUUCCAGACAAUGUCUUUGAGUUAACUGAAAUGGAAGUGCUAAGCCUGGAGCUUAUCCCAGAGGUGAAGCUGCCCUCUGCAGUCUCACAGCUGGUCAACCUCAAGGAGCUUCGUGUGUACCAUUCAUCUCUGGUCGUAGACCAUCCUGCACUGGCCUUUCUAGAGGAGAACUUAAAAAUCCUCCGCCUGAAAUUUACUGAAAUGGGAAAAAUCCCACGCUGGGUAUUUCACCUCAAGAAUCUCAAGGAACUUUAUCUUUCAGGCUGUGUUCUCCCUGAACAGUUGAGUACUAUGCAGUUGGAGGGCUUUCAGGACUUAAAAAAUCUGAGGACCCUCUACUUGAAGAGCAGCCUCUCCCGGAUCCCACAGGUUGUUACAGACCUCCUGCCUUCACUGCAGAAACUGUCCCUUGAUAAUGAGGGAAGCAAACUGGUUGUGUUGAACAACUUGAAAAAGAUGGUCAAUCUGAAAAGCCUAGAACUGAUCAGCUGUGACCUGGAACGCAUUCCACACUCCAUUUUCAGCCUGAAUAAUUUGCAUGAGUUAGACCUAAGGGAAAACAACCUUAAAACUGUGGAAGAGAUCAUUAGCUUUCAGCAUCUUCAGAAUCUUUCCUGCUUAAAGUUAUGGCACAAUAACAUUGCUUAUAUUCCUGCACAGAUUGGGGCAUUAUCUAACCUCGAGCAGCUCUCUUUGGACCAUAAUAAUAUUGAGAAUCUGCCCUUGCAGCUUUUCCUAUGCACCAAACUACAUUAUUUGGAUCUAAGCUAUAACCACUUGACCUUCAUUCCAGAAGAAAUCCAGUAUCUGAGCAAUUUGCAGUACUUUGCUGUGACCAACAACAAUAUUGAGAUGCUACCAGAUGGGCUGUUUCAGUGCAAAAAGCUGCAAUGUUUACUUUUGGGGAAAAAUAGCUUGAUGAAUUUGUCCCCUCACGUGGGUGAGCUGUCCAACCUUACUCAUCUGGAGCUCAUUGGUAAUUACCUGGAAACACUUCCUCCUGAACUGGAAGGAUGUCAGUCCCUAAAACGGAGCUGUCUGAUUGUUGAGGAGAACUUGCUCAAUACUCUUCCUCUCCCUGUAACAGAACGUUUACAGACGUGCUUAGACAAAUGUUGACUUAAAGAAAAGAGACCCAUGUUUCAAAAUCAUUUUUAAAAGUAUGCUCGGCUGGGCAUGGUGGCUCACGCCUAUAAUCCCAGCACUUUGGGAGGCCAAGAUGGGCAGAUUGCUUGAGGACAGGAGUUUGAGACCAGUCUGGCCAACCUGGUGAAACCCCAUCUCUGCUAAAAAUACAAAAAAAUUAGCCGGGCAUGGUGGCAUGCACCUGUAAUCCCAGCUACUUGGGAGGCUGAGGCAGGGGAAUUGCUUGAACCAGGGAGGUGGAGGUUGCAGUGAGCCAAGAUUGUGCCACUGUACACCAGCCUGGGUAACAGAGCAAGACUCUGUCUCAAAAAAAAUAAAUAAAUAAAAAUAAAAUAAUGCUCCAGGGCUUUAAAUGAGAAGUGUAAUUUUCUAAGUUAAUAGAGAUGAAGAAUGGGUGACUAUUAUGAUGAACCAUAACUAAAUGUCUUAUUAAAGCAACUCAGUGUCUAGCCCUAAAUUAACCAGGUAAAAACUGUUAACACUAACCUGAAGUUUGUGAAUAAUUGUUCUUUAACUUAUUGAGAUGUUGCAAGAAAUGCACAUCGAGGGUGGACUGGGAGCUAUGAAAUGACUGAAUUCCUCCUCCAGUGUUUGCCUUCAAGAUUGUAUAGGUGUUCUCUCCUCUUCUUCCCCCAGUCCCCAUUACUUAUUUGCACACUUGUUUUAACUGACUUCCUGUUUUGAUAUUUAUCACCAAGAACAUAAACUCAUCAAUAUGAAUUGUCUUGAUGUAUACUCACCACUGUCUUUGAUUUAUGUUCCUAAAUUUUUUUAGAUGGGGUGUAUUGUGCUUGGCAGAAUUCGUUUUUGGCUUAAUUUUUACUUCCUUUCCCAGCUUGCUUGAGUCUUCCUUAACCUGGUUUUCUCAACACCAAUGAUGACCCUGAGAAAAUGCCUGCAUUUGGCCUUUGCCUAGAACAGGAGCUGAGUAUUUAAGAUGUAUUAUCCCUGGGGCAUCCUGAAAAUUAAUGUAUUCCCCAAAAUUUCUUCUUGUCUAUCAUCAAGGCCUUUUUUUGUUUGUUAAGAAUUUUUAUAUUAAAUGUAAAACAUAUAAAUAUUUUCUAUUGUAUAAUCUUGGAUUCAAAAUCUGUGAGGAUUGUUUUUGUAAGAUACAUAGAAUUUAUGCAUUUCUUUAUGAACUUAGUGUACUUGGUUUUGGCUGUUUAUGACUCUCAUGUUUGUGUACAUUCUGCUCCAAAAUGUUUUUGUACUCUGCAACUAAUUACUUUUGGAUAACAAAAGCCUUGUGUUUAAUGCCCUAAAGUAUUUGGGGGUUUACCUUGUGAGAGAGUGGCCGAAUCAUCUACCUCUCUCUUCCCUAGUCGCUGUGCAAUCGUACGGGUACAAUUCUUAAUUACUUACAAAAACUGUGAUAGAGGGGAGAGGUACACAUUUGGUUUUGAAAUUAAUUUUAAAAUACAGAAAUUUAGUAAGAGUUAAAGCAAAAGACUUUUUUUCCCCUCCAUCUGCGUAAUCUCUAGCUGUGAUUAUAAUGUAAAACAGCCUCUAUUCAGUGUCUAAAAUGAGCUCUCAAAACCCACAAAGAAAUAGAUCCAUUUAACUGAAAUUCAUCUCAUGCCUUUAUCUAACUCUUCUGGAAAAUACAUUUUGCUCCUUUUUAUAAAGAGCUUUGUGUUUGGCCUUUUAUUAUGCAUAUUUUUUAAUGAAUAAAAUCAACUGACUCAUUUUUGGGAAAUGUACAUCUUUAAUGUGUUUUUCCCUAAGGGUCUAGGCAUUAUGAUGCCACCUCUUCAUUUUGGAUAUAACUAUGAAGAAAUGUAUUAACUGCACCUACACAAAACGGGAAAGCACUAUAGGUAAACAGUACUGUGUAUAUGGAAUUGUGGUGCGUGGUAAAUGUUUUCUCUUGCUUUGUUCCAGAAAGAUGAAAGUGAGUCUUUAAAGCAUAGCAAAUAGAGCUUCCCUCACCUGCCACACACUCCUGCACUAAAGUUCAGAGAAAGGAAUUAUUCAAAUCAAAUGAAAUUUGAAUAAUAUUGGCUAUAAGGAAUAUAGGACACCAAACACACUGCCUCACACAUUAUUGUUUAUUCUGAAUGGAAAGGAACAGUGUAAAAAUAAAUGACUUAACCAAAACUUGCCUUUAGUCAGAACAUUCAGCUCUCAGGGAAGCAGGUAUAACUGAUGAAACUUCUAGGACUUCAGAAAACAGAUUCUAAUUAUAUCCAUGUUUUUUGUUGUUAUUUUCUUUUUUUUAAGUGUGAGUUGAUGUUUAUUUUAGUGUUUCACAAUAGAAUUAUCAUGUAUACUGAUUCCAGUGUGGUAUAUGAUUAAGUUUUGGACAUGAAUAUGCCAAAAGUGCUUAAACGUUUUUGGCCACAUAACUAGCUAGAAUUUGUAUGAAAGAAUCUCACCCUCUUUUAUAGGAGGAAUUUUCAAAACAAAAUUCAGAUUUGCUACCAUUCACCUGACGAACUUCUCCAUGGCUCGUCACUGGUUUGGUUGAACUGCAAAAGUCAUUGGCUAAAUUUUCCUUAUCACCUACAUAAAUUUCUAGAGGAAUUUACUAGCAGGAUUAAUAAUAAAUAUUAUAAACUGCUUUCCACACACUAGGGUAUAAUUAUUGGUGCAAUCUAUAUUGUUUUUGAUGCCAUGGUUUUACAUCUUUUAAUUUAAACCUUAUACGCCAGUGUUUAGGUCGCUUUUGAGACAAGGUAGCCCUGAUGCAAGGAGCAAUGAGGCUACUACUUCACAUAAAAAAUAGGGUGUUAAUACCACCUUUACCGUACAGUUGGAGCAGAUCUUUAUUUCACAAGUGUUCGUAUUCACUUAACAGAAUUUUAAAUAAAGACAAUUAAGUUUGUUAAAUUAUAAUUAUGAGACUUUCGUUGGCAUUUGAUUUCAAGAAUACAUAUGCAUUUUCCAAAAAAUAAAUGUGGAGGUUAUUCAGAACAAAAUUCAUAGCUUAUGGUAGUAAUGGCAUGGGUUACUUUUAUUUGCAUGCACACACAGACACACAUACUUCAUGUAUGUAAAUUAUAAUAUUAUUUUUUGAUAUAUCUAGUGGAGUUUUUUCCCCAAAAUUGCAGGAGGUUGUAGAUUAAAUAGUAGGAUAGCAAGUUUUUUAAUUCAUUAGUCAUGAAGUGCUGUAUUCCCUAAGUUAUGACAUUUAAAAGAAAUCACAUGCUCAACCUUGAUCUGAGAACCUAAGUGUUUCUGAGCAUUCCAGUAAAGGAGUAGUGUUCUUUUCCUAACUUACAUCAGGGUACAUCUGUGUGGCACAUAGAUACUAUAUUUUCAUUCUUCACUCCCAGUCUUAAUUUCUUUCUCCUGUAUGUCACUAUUUUAUGUCACUUCACAUUAUGUUAAACAGGGUAAAUAGAGAUCCUCAGUAUCUCAGUGCUGUGGCAUAGCUCCGAUAGGUGUGCUGUGGUGCACUGCAGUGAUGUAUUUGCAUAACAUUGUUUGAUAGUGAAAAAAUUUUUUUUCUGUUCAAGUGUUUUGUGAUUAAAAUUUUAUGUUUAAUUAAAAUAUUGCAUAAUAUUGAUGGGUUCAAAAACCAUUAAAAUAAUCAAACAAUUAUUCUGUGGCCUUAACAUUAUUUUCUUGCGUUUUCAAUAAAAUUUUCUUUCAUCUUUCCAUCUUCACAUUCUCUUAGCAUCAUCCUGUGCACAUAAGGUAUGUUGUUUUUCUUACUCACUCACCUACUGCACUAAAUUUGAUCAGCACUUUAACAGAAUAUAUUUAUGCUAGAAGAUUUGCAAUGAUAUUUGAGCAUGUAUUUAUUUAGGAGGAAGCCAUUGCCUAUAAUUAUGUCUCAUUGAGUAGUUUUAUUUUACCCAUCCUGCAGUAUUUACAGCUGAUCUCUACCCAAAGCAGGACAAUGUAACUGUUUUGUUUUCAGUAACUGUACAUUACAUCAGAAUCUGUUUAUUUCUUUUUGGAAACAGAGACAGAAUGGUGGGAGAGGGAAGGAGUUAUUUUGCAUUCCAGUUUGGAUUAUGAAGUCAUUAUAUAUAUUUGAAAUAGUGUAAACUAAUUACUGUUGCAGAAUGCCCUCGAUAUAAUUAUUUCUUUUCAGCUGGAUGUGAAAAGCUGAAGCAGUGAAAACCUGCAGUCCUAUUUAAUUGGUUUCCUUCUGUUUCUUGUCCAUCACUUCUGUAUCCACAGGGAGCUAUCUACUGCAUACCUUUGGUAACAGGCUACCUUCUCAUCAAAUUUUUAAUAUGAAUAAUUUCAUCAGCACUAAAGCAUUAACAUAGAAUAAUGAGCCAAAGUACUGAAUUGAGAUGGCUUUCAGUUGAGCUUAAUUUCAUAUUUAACUUUUGCAUUUGACUUGUAUAAUACACUACUGCUGAGAAAAACAAUUAUGAAUGCCUUCUGCAUGUUGUACAUUAUUUCUAGCAGAGAUGGUGCAAUUUUAAGAAUACAAAGGGGUAUAGAGUUAGAAUGGAUGUGUUCAUGCAUGUAUAUGUUGUGUUUAAAUAUUAACGUUUACAAGAAGAUUUUUUUUUAAUUCUUCAAAUACUUCACUCAGUGAAAUAAUGGGCCAAUCUGGAAUAGAGACAUUUUCUUUGGUUAGUGCAAGAGUGAAAACUAGCAUUUGUUAACCUUCACAUAUUUAUCUGUGCACAAUUGUUUUUGCUUCUGGUAAUGAAUUAUUAGAAAAUGGAAGAUUUUGUUCAAUAUUUUUGGCCCUCAGGUUUACCGUGUAAAUCUGCAUUUUUGGUGGUAAAUCCCUUUGCCGCAGAUUCAGUAGCUUUUGGUAAACUUCACUGUUUUUAAAGUACCUUUUGUGUAAAAUAAAGAUCCAAUUUUUAUAACAAAUGGCAAAUAAAAACACUAAAUGCUGGAA